AUGACCACCAGCUUCAGCCCCCACCUGUCGUCACUCUUGGACGCCGCCAUAGUCGUGGUCGUGGGUUACUUCUUGCUUCGAUUUAACCGAUUUGUUCGCGACCGGCUAGCGCACCAACUGCGUGCAUUCCAGAGCCAUCAAGGCGAUGUGAUGGCGUUGUUAACUCAACACAGAGCCUUGACCCCCAAGCCCAAGUUGUUGGGGACGCCCUUAAACCCACACGCCGCGAGUGUCCACAACUCGAGCACUUCCCGUCCAUCUAUUCCCACGGCGGUGUCACUCAAGCUCAAAACCACCCCCCUGGCUUUACCACACGUAUCAGUCACCCCUGUCCUUGAUUUGGCCGAAGUACGGACGUCAGGGCUCCGCGUGUUGUUUUUCGGCACGGAUGCCAUCUCCCUCGCCACCCUGGAACUGCUUCAUGCCAACAUGCAACCAACGACGGACCACCCCCAGCCACUCAUUCAAUCGAUCGAGGUGGUGUGUCCUACCGACAAACGAGUGGCUCGAACGCGUUCAAAGGCGCCGGUGCCAGUGAAGCAAUUCGCCCUUGACAACCGUUUGCAAUACCACCACGUCCCCGACGACCUAAAAUCCCGUCGACAGUGGACCCCCUCGACGACUACUGCCACCACGGCGCCAGGGUCGUCGUUUGACAUUGCCGUGGUCGUGUCGUUUGGCUACUUUAUCCAUCCGUCCAUGCUCAAGAACGUGGCCAAGGGCGCGAUCAACAUGCAUCCGUCGAUCUUGCCCAAGUAUCGUGGUCCGGCGCCCAUUCCGCGAGCUCUUUUCCACGGCGACGCUGUCACGGGCAUCUCGGUGAUUGAAAUCGAUCCCAGGGCAUUCGAUGUUGGCCGCGUGUUACUUUGUAUCGACGACAUUGCUAUUCCAGCCAAUAUGACGUUGUCAGAGCUCACCACACAACUCGCGGCCCGAGGGGCCGAGUGUGUCCUCACGACGUUGCGAAAUGUCGACAACCUGCUCGAGCACGCUCGUCCACAAGACUCGACCAAGGCGACCGUGGCGCCAAAAAUGAGUCGAGAGGAUGGGGUGAUCACAUGGGGUGAAUCCGCCGCCGACUUGUACAACAUGUGGCGGGCGGUGGGGUCCACAUACGGCAUUGUCACCUCCUUUCGCCAAAAGUCGGUCAAGUUCAUCGACAUGCAGCGACCGUCCACGGAAGCCGUCGCAGCGUUUGAAAAGCGGCUCAACCUCAUGCAUGAAGACUCCCCGUUGAUGGCGCGAGAAGGGGGCGAACGGGGCAGGUUCUGCUAUGACAAACCGACCAAGGCGCUGUGGGUGACGGCGAUCGAUGGCCAGUGGGUCUUGGUGACUCGCGUUCAAGUGGCCAGCCGCACCAUUCGCACGGCUGCUGAAUUUGCCGACGGCCAACGCCUUCGGUCGGGCCAACUGUUUCAUUUUGACCAACCUAAUGACCACGAUAAUUGA